AUGAAUCACACAGAAAUUACAGAAUUCAUCCUCUUAGGCCUUUCUGAUGACCCUGACCUUCAGAUUGUGAUUUUCCUCUUUUUAUUAAUCACAUAUAUGUUAAGUGUCAUUGGAAACCUGACUAUCAUUGUUUUGACCUUCAUAGACACCCAUCUACAAACACCAAUGUAUUUCUUCCUCCGGAAUUUUGCUUUCUUGGAAGUCUCAUUUACAAGUGUAUGUAUCCCUAGAUUUCUGGGGUCUAUUGUCACCCGGAAUAAGACAAUUUCCUAUAACAACUGUGCUGCCCAACUCUUUUUCUUUAUCUUCAUGGGUGUGUGUGAGUUUUACAUUCUCACUGCCAUGUCCUAUGACCGCUAUGUUGCCAUCUGUAAGCCCCUUCACUACACAACCAUCAUGAACAGGAAACUCUGCACCUUGUUUGUGUUGUGUGCCUGGCUGGCUGGUUUUCUGACUGUUUUCCCACCUCUUAUGCUUUUGCUCCAGCAGGAUUACUGUGCUUCUAAUGUCAUUGAUCAUUUUGCAUGUGACUUUUUUCCCCUCUUGCAACUGUCUUGCUCAGAUACAUUGUUUCUAGAAGUAAUUGGCUUCUAUGUUGCUCUGGUUGCUCUUCUGUUCACUUUGGCAUUGGUGAUUUUAUCUUACAUGUACAUUAUCAGGACUAUUUUAAGAAUUCCAUCUACCAGCCAGCGGAAAAAGGCUUUCUCCACCUGUUCCUCUCACAUGAUUGUCAUCUCCCUCUCUUAUGGAAGCUGUAUAUUCAUGUAUGCUAAUCCCUCUGCAAAAGAAAAGGCCUCAUUGACCAAAGGCGUGGCAAUUCUCAAUACCUCUGUUGUCCCCAUGUUAAAUCCCUUCAUUUAUACACUAAGGAACCAGCAAGUAAAGCAAGCAUUCAAAGGUGCAGUACACAAACUAGUAUUUUCUGUAAGCAAAUGA